AUGAUAGAUACAUGUAAGCUUCAAAAUAGCCAGUAACUGUGUUUCCUAUAUAAAGACGACAACCAUGGCGUUCAGAGACCUUCAUAGGGACAUUUUUAAAAUGCUUAACCACAGUGCACAUGCCCCCGAGAUGCUGGCGCAACUCAACUCCGAAGAAGUCCUCAAUCGUCUGCCUCUACUGUUGGUUCUAUCCGUAUUGUCCGCCAUUGGAAUCAUAGCCAACACGCACGUGCUUUUCGUGUUUGGAACCAAAAUCAAGAGAUCCACAUAUCGAGUGUUCGUUCUGGCUCUGGGAUGCAUCGACAUGCUUGGUUGCAUGGUUUCUAUCCCGUUCCAGAUCAUUGACGAGACCAAUCCCUACACCUUCAAUGCCCCGAUCGCCUGCAAAAUCUUCAGAUUCUUCGACACGAAUUUAGCCAUUGCAGCUGCUCUGAUGCUUGUGGUUAUUGCUGCAGAGAGGUUCCGAAAAAUUUGUCGACCAAACGGUUUACAAGUCACGGAAAAAAGAGCCAUCCGUUCUAUCAUUGCUGUAAUCAUUGGAUCUUCCAUUGCUACCUCUCCGGCCUUGUUGAUAUACGGUAGCCAUACAGUGGUCAUUGAGACAACAAUUAACUUAAAUGGAACCGAGUGUUCAUGGUCGGACGCAGUUUCAAAUUCUUACUAUGGCUAUAUUUACUAUGCUUUGGAACUGUUGAUUGUAAUUUCUUGCAUGGUAUGCUUGACAAUUCUUUACUCGUUUGUUGGCAAAGCCUUGCGAGCACACAAUAAGCGAAUGAAAUCAACCAGGAUUGUUAGAUUUCAUGUAAAAAAAUCUGUUAAAUCUAAAAAGGGCAGGGAAUCAUCAAUAGGUUCCAAUAAGGACGAGGAAUCCGCAGUGCGGGAAUCCAUAGAAUCCACGCAAACGGACCGGGAUUCCGGGGUUGACUCCCCUGCUCCGAUGUCAAGCGAUUCCCUUGAAUCUCUCGAGAUCGAAAUACAAAUCAAGGACCCAAAAGAAAAAGAAAGUUCAGGUACCAUUGAAGAAGAAGACGAUGUGUUUACAAACAAAGAAAGUGGUAACGACAAAAGCAAUACAGAAAGUACUGGAUUUUCGAGUACUUGUAAGCUAUGUGAGGGCGAUGAAUCUUCAAGAAAGAUGUCAUCAAUCAGGUACGUUUUUAGUAAAGUGGCCAGUGUACCGGAAACUCUCAAGGGCUUCGUAUUGAACAGAAGAGGUACUUCCGAAAGGACCUGUGUCAUCCCGGACAUCAUCGUGACAGAUUGUGCCAACAACACAACACAGAUACUUAUAGGUUCAAAUAAAGAUUUGUUCGAUGAUAAAAGUAAAACCCAAGACAAUGAACCAAAUGAAUCAAAUGAGGAAAUGAAGACCAAAAAGUCCCGGAAACCACUGAAGACGUUCUUACGAAAAAGGAAAAAAUCAAAAACGGUCGAAAGUAUUCGCGAGCGCCGAAUCACUAAAUUGUUAUUUUUUAUAACCUUGACCUUUAUUGUAACCUAUUAUCCUUAUAUCAUUGUUUUGAUAAUUUACGCUGUUAAGCCAGAGUUCAAGGACAACUUAUCAGAGGUUGGCCGAGUUUUCUACCUAAUGGCCAUAAGACUUUAUCUCAUCAACAAUGUCAUGAACGCUUUCUUUUAUGGAAUGGGGAGGAAGGUGGCAGUGGUUACGGGAGCAAACAGAGGACUUGGAUUGGAACUCGUAAGGCAGCUAUGUAAGACGUUUGAUGGUGACGUCAUUCUCACUUCCCGAAUGUCUGAUAAAGGCAAUGCUGCCUUAAACAAACUGAAAGUGGAAGGAUUACGGCCGAGGUAUCACGAACUCGAUAUCACUCAGGCGGCCAGCAUUCGAAUGUUUGAAGACUUCAUCAAGUCAGAAUAUGGUGGAAUUGAUGUGCUUAUCAACAAUGCCGCUGUAACUUACAAGAAAAAUGAACUAGUUCCUUUAUUUCGCCAAGCACAAUUGUCCAUAGAAACAGAUUUCAAAGGAACCCUUAAUGUUUGCAGAAUAUUACUUCCACACAUGCAUCCUCAUGGUCGUGUUGUUCUUAUCACAAAUGGGUACAUAGGCAAAAGAAAGGAACUGGGUGAGAAACUGCAACAAGAACUUGACCUUGAAAAAUGCAAUAUGUACAAGCUUAUUACACUCGCAGAUGAAUAUAUGAAGGCCGUCAAAUAUGGCAACCACAAGAGUUAUGGAUGGCCAGAUUCGCCAUGUGUGCUUGCGAAGAUAUUUCUCUCGGCAUUAGCUCGUGUUCUAACGAGAGAACUUGCAGGAGACGUACGACGGAACAUCCUUAUAAACGCGUGUUGUCCUGGAUGGAUGACAUCACAGGGCAGCGAGGUCUACGUUGGCGAAGAUGGCACCUGCCAAGGUAUAAAACCUAGAUCCGUGGAGGAAGCGGCAAAAGAUGUCGUCUGGUUGGCCACUCUUCCAGAGGGAACGAAAGCACCCAAUGGUCAGCUGGUCCGAUAUAGGGAGGUCAUUCCUUUCGAAUGACUAUCUAAAUAUAGAUGAAAUAAACAUAUAAACACCGAUAUCCUCAGGACAAAAAGAGUAAUUGACUUCUAACAAGUGUACAUGUGACUCAGAUUUACCUUAGAAGGUGAAAACAAUCAAAAAAGUAGGAUUGUUUCUGUUGUGAUUACAGUAGUUACAUGUGACAAAACACGUAGUGAUUAUGUAUAUAUAGUCUGAGUUAUCAAAACGGAAGUUAAAUGUAAACAACAGAGUUAUCCACAAGAAAGCAAAUUGAAAACGGGGCACUGGAUUAUAUUGUUAUCAAUAACUCAGAUUAUGAUUACAAGUAAUAUUCGCCAAAAAGACGCAUCGAAUGAUGAAUGCUCUAAAGUAUACUCGAAAACUGUUAUUGAAUUAAUAAAAUUGUUAGUUUUCUCAAAAA